AUGGGGACGCUCGUGGCCAAACUGCUCCUGCCCACCCUCAGCAGCCUGGCCCUCCUCCCCACCGUCAGCAUCGCUGCCAAAAGGCGGUUCCACAUGGAGGCCAUGGUCUACCUCUUCACCAUGUUCUUCGUGGCGCUCCACCACGCCUGCAACGGGCCCGGCCUGGCAGUGCUCUGCUUCUUGCGCCAUGACCUCCUGGAAUACUUCAGCGUCUAUGGGACGGCCCUGAGCAUGUGGGUCUCGCUGAUGGCACUGGCUGACUUCGACGAGCCCAAGAGGUCGACUUUCGUGAUGUUUGGCGUCUUGACCAUCGCCGUGCGGAUCUACCACGACCGCUGGGGCUACGGGGUGUACUCAGGCCCCAUCGGCACCGCCGUCCUCAUCAUCGCGGCCAAGUGGCUGCAGCAGAUGAAGGAGACGCGCCGCCUGUAUCCCGACAAGAGUGUGUACACCCAGCAGAUCGGCCCCGGCCUCUGCUUUGGGGCGCUGGCCCUCAUGCUGCGCUUCUUCUUCGAGGACUGGGACUACACCUACGUCCACAGCUUCUACCACUGUGCCCUGGCCAUGGCCUUUGUCCUGCUGCUGCCCAAGGUCAACAAGAAGGCUGGAAGCGCGGGGCCUCCCGCCAAGCUGGACUGCUCCACCCUCUGCUGUGCCUGUGUCUGA